GACUGGAGAACGAGUUCCUAGAAGGCCUCACGCUCCCCCGGAAGACUCUAUGAUUUUGCGAAGGGCGCACUCUCGGAAAUGCCAGUUCCUUGCGACGGUAUCUGAGCAGGAGAGGGAGCGUCGCUGGCGUAUCAAGGAUAAAUACCUGGAAGUGUGAUGGAUCCUCUGAGGGCACAGCAGCUGGCGGCUGAGCUGGAAGUGGAGAUGAUGGCUGAUAUGUACAACAGAAUGACCAACGCCUGCCAUCGCAAAUGUGUGCCUCCACACUACAAGGAGGCUGAGCUGUCAAAAGGGGAGUCUGUGUGCCUGGAUCGCUGUGUUGCCAAGUAUUUGGACAUCCACGAGCGCAUGGGCAAGAAAUUGACAGAGCUCUCAAUGCAGGAUGAAGAACUGAUGAAGAGGAUGCAACAAGGGGCUGGGACAGCAUAAGGCACUUCCCCUUGAUAAUGGACAGCAUUGCCACUGCCACCUCUUCCCCCCAUUUAGUGCCUGAUCUCUGAGUUGACCUUUCCUUUACCAAUAAAAUAUUAAGGUUGUAUCAUC